UUGCAUACUACCACUCAUUCUGCAAUGGAUAUCACCACUCAAUCCGAAACUCCAUGGCUAGAGCUCAUAGGAAGCAAGAACUGGGAAGGCCUUCUCGACCCGUUCGACAUCAAUCUUCGAACGCUCAUCCUGCGCUGCGGCGACUUCUGCCAAGCCACCUACGACGCCUUCAACAACGACAGCAACUCCAAGUACGCUGGCAGCAGCCGCUACGGCAAGAGAUCAUUCUUCCACAAAGUCAAGCUCAGACCGUCCCCAUCCGAUUACCAAGUCGCCUAUUUCAUCUAUGGUACCGCCAAAAUCAGCAUUCCUGCAGCCUUCUUCCUUCAUUCCCUCUCUCGUGAAGCAUGGGACCGUGAGUCUAACUGGAUUGGGUAUAUUGCAACUACAACCGAUGAGGUUAGUAAAGCGUUAGGCAGGCGAGAGAUCUACCUCGUGUGGAGGGGAACCCAACGGGAUUUGGAGUGGAUUAAUGUUUAUGGAGCGAGCUCAGUGUCUGCUGAAUCAUUGUUACGACAGAAAACGUUUAAGCCUCCAACAACUGAAACCACCGACGUUGGUGGCAGCAGUAGCGAUAGCGAUGAUGAUAACGAUGAAGUUGGAGGUAACGAUGAAGUUAGAGGUAAACCAAAGGUUAUGCGGGGUUGGUUAACGAUUUACACUUCUUAUAAUCCGAAUUCGUCUUUCACAAAAGUAAGUGCAAGAACACAAGUGUUGGCAAGUAUUAAACAGUUGGUGGAAAAAUACAAAAAUGAAGAAGUUAGCAUAAUUGUCACCGGACACAGCCUUGGUGCAAGUUUAGCGACGCUAUCCGCCUUUGAUCUAGCGGAAAACGGUAUCACAAACGUCCCGGUUACAGCUUUCGUGUUUGGUUCACCACAAGUGGGUAACCGAGCAUUCAAUAAUCGUCUCAAUCAAUUCCCGAAUGUUAAACUUCUACACAUAAGGAACAAGAUCGACCUCAUACCGCUUUACCCAAGCAAGUUGUUGGGGUACGUGGACUCCGGGGUUCAAUUUGAAAUCGAUUCGAGAAAAUCCGGGAACUUAAAGCGAUCAACUAACACCGGAGACUGGCACAAUUUGCAGGGGAUGUUGCACGUGGUGGCGGGGUGGAACGGGGAAGACGGUGAGUUCAAGUUGAAGGUUCCGAGGAGCUUGGCGUUGGUGAAUAAAUCGAGUGCGUUCUUGAAAGACGAGUACUUGAUACCGGAGUCAUGGUGGAUCGAGAAAAACAAAGGUAUGGUUAUGGAUGAAAAUGGUGAAUGGGCUUUGCAAUCACCUGAUGAAGAAGACAUUCCAGUUCCUGAAUUUGCUGAAUGAUAAAUCAUUCUAACAGUCAUUGUUCAGUUUCAUAAUUUCAUUGUAUUUGUGAUAUGAUUUGUAAUUUGUUGUACAAUAAGUAAUUUGCUUUGUACCAAAAAAACGGUCGAUGCAUUGAUAGAUCAGCUUCCUGUCGAGCUUAAACAAA